AUGUCUCUCUACAGUGCCGAGGUGGUCCCAUGCGAGGUUCAGGAAGUUCCUCUGAGCGAUGUUGUGUGCCCUGACGUCCCUGAAACAAACAAAGAACGUGCAGAUGUGCCUUCAGCGGGUGAUGACGUUGCCAGGUCAACAGAGAGCGCGGUACCGCUCGCGGUGGACGCGUCAGAUGUGGUUGAGGGUGGUGUGAGCGCCAUGGACGAGGAAGAAAGAACCGAGGAAAAUGAGGAGCAAUUGCCGCAGAAUGGUGAAGAAGAACAGAAUUGUGGUUUUGUUGCCGCCGAUCACGAAGCCGAUGUGGAGUCUGACGGUGCUGCCUCUAAACGCCGUCGCCUUGAGAGUCCUGCGCGUGAUUCAACGGAUUUGAAAAGUGGUGGUGCGGCCAUGGAUGCGGCGGCAGCCGUGCCGAUUGAAGAGGACGGAUUGACAAAGGUAAUAAGUGCCAACGCCAGCCAGACUUUGGAUGGCCUGGCUGAAUCGCCUACGCAACACGCGUGA